GGGCGCCUCGCGUCACUUCCGUUCCGACUCGAGCGCAGGACAUGGCGGCGCGGAGCGGUGUCCGCUGGCUGACCCGGGUGGUCGCCGCCCGCAGCCCCGGGGCAUGGAGGGGUCUGAGUACCUCGGCGUCUGCCAGCGCCGCUUCCCAGAGCCAGGCCCAGGACGUGAGGGUGGAGGGCGCCUUUCCUGUGACCAUGCUGCCGGGAGACGGCGUGGGCCCCGAGCUCAUGCACGCCGUCAAGGAGGUGUUCAAGGCUGCCUCUGUCCCGGUGGAGUUCCAGGAGCACCACCUGAGCGAGGUGCAGAACAUGGCCUCUGAGGAGAAGCUGGAGCAGGUGCUGAGUUCUAUGAAGGAGAACAAAGUUGCCAUCAUUGGAAAGAUUCAUACCCCAAUGGAGUAUAAGGGGGAACUAGCCUCCUAUGACAUGAGGCUGAGGCGUAAGUUGGACUUAUUUGCUAAUGUAGUCCACGUGAAGUCCCUUCCUGGGUACAAGACUCGGCACAACAAUCUAGACCUGGUGAUCAUUCGAGAGCAGACAGAAGGGGAAUAUAGCUCUCUGGAACAUGAGAGUGCGAGAGGUGUAAUUGAGUGCUUGAAGAUUAUCACUCGAACCAAGUCCCAGCGGAUUGCAAAGUUUGCUUUUGACUAUGCUACCAAGAAGGGGCGGAGCAAGGUCACAGCUGUCCACAAGGCCAACAUCAUGAAACUUGGGGACGGGCUGUUCCUGCAGUGCUGUGAGGAAGUUGCUGAACUGUAUCCCAAAAUCAAAUUUGAGACAAUGAUAAUAGACAAUUGCUGCAUGCAGCUGGUACAGAAUCCUUACCAAUUCGAUGUACUUGUGAUGCCCAAUCUAUAUGGGAACAUUAUUGACAAUCUAGCUGCUGGCCUUGUUGGAGGAGCUGGUGUGGUCCCUGGUGAGAGCUAUAGUUCAGAGUAUGCAGUUUUUGAGACGGGUGCCCGGCACCCAUUUGCCCAGGCAGUGGGUAGGAAUAUAGCCAAUCCCACAGCCAUGCUGCUGUCGGCCUCUAACAUGCUGCGGCACCUCAAUCUUGAGUAUCACUCCAGCAUGAUUGCAGAUGCAGUGAAGAAGGUGAUCAAAGUUGGCAAGGUGCGGACUCGAGACAUGGGCGGUUACAGCACCACAACUGACUUCAUCAAGUCUGUCAUCGGCCACCUGCACCCCCAUGGGGGCUAGAGCCCUUAACUCCCUCCAACUUCACAAGGACCAUGCUUCCUACACAUCCCUUCAGUACAGUGGACCAGGGAAGAAACAGUGGACCAUAAUUGCUUUCUGAGCAGAGGCUAGGUUGUCCUGGGUCUGGUUUCCUUAGGAAGCUGCUGGGCGGUGGGUGUUAGGGACAGGGCCCAGGCCACAGGAUGAUGACAAUUUCCCCCCACAGGUUCGAACCUCUGAUAUGGGUGGCUACGCUACUUGCCAUGACUUCACUGAAGCUGUCAUUACAGCUCUACCCACCUCUUAAAUCCUGCCCACCCAACAUGUGUGUAAAAGUGUUUCAACAAUAAAUAUGUGCCUCACCA